CGGUGUUUAUUUUUGUAGGUAGUAUAUAACCUAUAAAUUAUCGUGUGUUGCUGUGCAACACGUGGUUAUUGUUAUAGUUUUGAAAAUUUUUAAAUUAAAUUUAAAAUCAUAAUGGGAAGAAAAAUACCAGGAAAAAAACACAAAGGUGUUAAAGAUCCAGAUAAACAACGUGCAAAACGAUGGGCUGAAAUUAAAGAUAAAGUUGACGCUCCACCAGUUAAUAUUGAAGACCAACCGAUACCAAAGAGCUUGGAACGAAUUAUGAGUUUCAAGAGCAAUGAUGAUAAUAAAAUAGUCAAAAGAAAAAAACCAGUAGUUAAAAAUAAAAAUAAAUUAAUAACAGUUGGCUCACAAAAUACUGUCCAGUCAUUCAAUCCAAAAGCUAAACCUGAAAAAGUUGUUCCUGUUUUUAGUCAAAGACCUGGUGAAUCAGAUAGUAAAUUCUGGCAUCGUGUUAAUGGUGAAACACAAAUGUAUUUAAAAGAAGCUGAGUUUGAAAAUAAAUUUAAUGUACAAGUAGUUAGAGAUCCAGUUACUGGUAAAGUUGAGGGCUUACAAAAAAAACCUAAAGAUGAAAUCGACGAGUUACUUAAAUUAAAAAUGAAACAUAAAAACAUUGGAAAGAAAAAAAAAGUUAAAACUGUAACAGAACCUAAGUUGACUAAAGUUCAAAAACGUAAGCUUAAGAUGCAGGUGAAGAAGGAUAAAAAAUUACUAAAGUGUACUGAUGACUUAAUAGUUAAAGACAAAGUCGAAUUUGGUGAAGUUGCUCAUGCUCCACCGGAAAUUAAAAUAAAACCUAAAACAAAUAAACUAAAUAAGCCUGCUAAAAAAGAAUUACUUUUACAUUCGCUGCUGAAAGACAAUAAAAUACAGCCUACGUCGAUAGACAAAAAGGGUAAGCGAAAAAAUUUACCCUCUGCAGAGCGAAGGAUACUUGAAAACCAUCGAAAUGAAGCAGUUGAAGCUUACAAAUUAUUAAAAACUCGUCGUAAAUCUUCUGAAAUAACUUCGUUAUAACAAUAAUUAUUCAUAACACGUUGGAAAUUUUUUUUUUUUAUAACUUUAUCAUUAAAUAAAUUAAUUUAAACAUCAAAGUUAUAAUUAGCAA